CAUCACAAAUUUCACCAACCAUAUUGGUGGCACGGAUCGAACUCCUGACGGCCGGCAUGGCAAGCUACCAUCAAGUGUUCGUGUUCCUCCUGCUCCUUGUUUGUUUCUGCAAAUCCGACGACAGUCUAACACCUGCGAGGCCACUGUCCCCCGGCGAUGUUCUCGUCUCCGGCGGCGGCGCGUUCGCUCUCGGCUUCUUCUCCCUGACGAACUCAACCUCGGAGCUGUACGUCGGCGUGUGGUACAACAAGAUCCCCGUGCGCACCUACGUGUGGGUCGCCAAUCGCAACGACCCCAUCAAGACGAGCUCCUCCUCCGUGAAGCUGUUCUUGACAAAUGGUUCGGACCUCGUGCUGUCCGACUCCAAUGGCGGCGGCACCGCCGUCUGGACGACGGCGAACAAUAUCUCCACCGGGGGCGAUGGGGCCACCGCCGUGCUGCUCGACACCGGAAACUUCGUCGUGCGGCUGCCGAACGGCUCCGAGGUGUGGCGGAGCUUCGAGCACCCGACGGACACCAUCGUGCCGAACGUGAGCUUCCCGCUUAGCUACAUGGCCGACCGGUCGCGCCGCAUUGUCGCGUGGAGGGGGCCCGACGACCCGUCAGCCGGCGACUUCUCCAUGGGCGGCGACUCCAGCUCGGACCUCCAGAUCGUCGUCUGGAACGCGACGAGGCUGCACUGGCGGCGCGCCGCGUGGACCGGCGCGCCGAUCUUCGGCGUCAUCCAGAGCAACACCAGCUUCAGGCUGUACCAGACGAUCGACGGCGACACGGCCGACGGCUUCAGCUUCAGGCUGACCGUCCCCGACGGCUCGCCGCCGAUGCGCAUGACGCUGGAGUACACCGGCGUGCUCACCUUCCAGAGCUGGGACAGCAACGCGUCGUCGUGGACCGCCUUCUCCGAGUUCCCCACCACGGCCUGCGACCAGUACGCCUCGUGCGGGCCCUUCGGCUACUGCGACGGCGCCGAGGCAGCUCCGUCGUGCAAGUGCCUCGACGGCUUCGUCCCCGUCGACGGCCUCGACAUCUCCAGAGGAUGUCGGAGUAAGGAGGCCGACCUGGGAUGCGGCGGCGGCGGCGCCGGAGAUGGCUUCUUGACCUUGACGAGCAUGAAGACGCCGGACAAGUUCUUGCACGUGAGGCACAGAAGCUUCGAUGAGUGCACCGCAGAGUGCAGCCGCAACUGCUCCUGCAGAGCCUAUGCUUAUGCGAGCCUGAGCAGUGUCGACGGCACCAUGGACGACCGGUCGAGGUGCUUGAUCUGGACGGGGGAGCUCGUCGACACCGGCAAGUUCAGAGACGGCACCGGCGGCGAGAACCUGUACCUCCGAAUUCCCAGCUCAGAAGUUAACAAGACGAGAAGUAGAUCAGUGCUGAAGAUUGUACUCCCGGUUAUGGCUGUUCUUCUGGUGAUUCUUGCAAGCACAUACCUUGUAUGCAAAUCAAGAGGCAAACAACGAAGCAAGAAAGUUCAGAGCAAACACUCACUUCAAGGCAGGAAGGAUUAUCCAAGCGAAGUUGGAAACGAAAAUGUAGAAUUUUCCUCUGUUGGCUUCGAUGCGAUCCUCGCGGCAACAAACAAUUUCUCCGAUGACAACUUGCUUGGAAAAGGAGGUUUUGGAAAAGUAUACAAGGGAGUUUUGGAGGGUGGCAUUGAAGUUGCUGUCAAGAGGCUUAGUAAGGGUUCAGGGCAAGGCGCUGAGGAGUUCAGAAAUGAAGUGGUUCUGAUUGCCAAAUUACAACACAGAAACUUGGUUAGGCUUCUCGGUUGCUGCAUUCAAGAAGAUGAGAAGUUACUCAUCUACGAAUACUUACCAAACAAAAGCUUGGAUGCCUUCCUUUUUGAUGCUAAAAGGAAAGAUGUGCUUGAUUGGUCGACGAGGUUCAAGAUCAUUAAAGGGGUAGCAAGAGGUCUUCUGUAUCUUCACCAGGAUUCAAGAUUAACAAUAAUCCAUAGAGAUCUGAAACCAAGCAACAUCUUGUUGGACACAGAAAUGGCUCCUAAAAUAUCGGAUUUCGGCAUGGCAAGGAUCUUCGGUGGAAAUGAGCAAGAAGCUAACACCACCAGAGUUGUUGGGACAUAUGGCUACAUGUCACCUGAAUAUGCUUUGGAUGGCUGUUUUUCCGUCAAGUCUGACACCUAUAGUUUUGGAGUUAUACUAUUGGAAGUUGUCAGUGGCUUAAAGAUCAGCUCAGCCCAUCUCAAAGUGGAGUGUUCAAACCUUAUAGCCCAUGCAUGGAGCUUAUGGAAAGAUGGCAAUGCAAGCGAUUUUGUGGACGCAUCAAUUGUGGAGAGCUGCCCAAUCCAUGAAGCUUUGCGGUGUAUUAACUUGGGACUCCUGUGUGUCCAAGAUCAACCAAGUGCGAGGCCACUCAUGUCAUCCGUCGUGUUCAUGUUGGAGAACGAGGCAGCAGUGCUUCCUGCUCCCAAGGAGCCCCUGUAUUUCACCAUGAGGAACUACGAGACCAACGAUGACUACUCGAGAGACAGCACGAGAAGAUCUCUGAACCGCAUGAGUAUUACAACGCUAGAAGUGCGCUAAACGUUUGAUUCCGUUGUACUGAUCUACAAAGUUUUGAACUUAUCUGGUUCUUCCAAUUGAACAGUACCAUUACGAUUUACACUGAUGUUUGAUUAAAAAGGUUCUAUUGGAUGCUAUUGUUAUCCAUUG